GUAGUCUUCUUUGUUCACUCCGUUCGUCAUACAUGGGAACAUUACAAGCAGAUGGCUUCUGGAGGACACGCUCGGACUUACCCAUGGACUAGGAUGAUCAUGAGACGAUACACCACCCAGUGUGAGUGCCUCCGAGUGAGCACUGGACAGUGCUCAGCGGAAGGGCCGGCAAGCCGGCGGACCAACCUCCAGAAUGACUCAACGCUGCAUUCGAGAUAGCGCACCGACCCCGCAAUGACAUCCAACAGCACUCCUCCGCCCUCGGGUGUCUACGUCCCAGCCGUCCUGUACUUCGACGAGAACGAGGACUUCGAUGUGCCCGCUAUCCAGGCGCACAUCCUCCGGCUGGCGAAGGGCGGCGUGACGGGUAUCCUCGUACAGGGCAGUAACGGCGAGGCGCAACACCUGUCCCAUGACGAGCGGAAGGAGGCAAUACGCUUGACGCGGAAGACCCUCGACGACAAUGGGUUCCAACAAGUGGUGAUCAUUGCGGGCACCGGUGCGCAAUCGACGCGUGAGACGAAGAAGCUCUGCAAGGACGCCGCGGAGGCGGGCGCGGCGUUCUGCCUCGUCCUCACGCCGUCUGUCUGGCCAACCCAGAUGACGCCGGAGAAGAUCAUCAAGUUCCACAGCGACGUCGCGGAUGCCUCACCUAUCCCGACGAUGGUGUACAAUUUCCCGGUCGUCACCGCAGGGCUGAACCUGGACUCCGACAUUAUCGGGGAGCUUGCCAAGCACCCAAACAUCGUCGGCACCAAGCUGUCCUGCGGUACUAUCGGCAAGCUUCACCGGUUGACCUCGACCGUCCCCAUCACAAAGUUCGCCACCUUCCCCGGUGUGUCCGACGUCUUCCUCCAGGGCCUCGUAUCCGGCAGCGCAGGUCUCAUCGGUGCGCUCCCCAAUGUUGCACCGAAGGCGCACAUGGAGGUGUACCGUCUGUACAAGGCCGGUAAGAUCCAGGAGGCGGAGAAGAUCCAGGGACUGCUCGGUCACGCUGACUGGGAGCUGGGCAAGCUGGGUAGCAUUGGCGGUAUCAAGGCGGUGGUGUCGAAGCAUUUCGGGUAUGGAGGCACGGUUGUUCGUGCGCCCCUGAGUGCCGCGGUUGUGACGCCGACGAGCACCACGAAGCUGGACGAGCUGAUUGUGCUCGAGAAGUCGCUGUAAAUGAGCAAAUCGAUAGAUCCCUCGGGACGCACCUUGACAAAUAAAUCCUCACCUGAGCGACGAUUUGUGACUUCGCGCCCAGGAAUGUCAGAUGGCAACUCAAGCGUCCGCUCGCUUUCUAUUUACCGGUGUUGCACAAGCUGACGCUGGCACCGGUGCCCUGGCCACUCGGCGCCGGACAAUACUUGACUGCAGGGUUUAGGGUCGACACUACAUUGUCUGCAAAUCAAAUUUAG